CGCCCCGCCGUCCGGUGGGGGCCCGUCUUGCCCCGGUUCGUGGCCCAACUUCGCCGUCAUCUGCUCCUUCCUGGAACGGUACGGCGCUCUUCUCGACCUGCCCGAGCUGCCCUUCCCGGAGCUGGAGCGAGUCUUGCAGCCGCCGCAGGAGCCCGAAGAGCAGGUUCCAAGAGAACUGGUGGAACUUCAUCUGAAGCUGAUGAGGAAGAUUGGGAAGUCUGUCACAGCAGACCGAUGGGAAAAAUACUUGAUCAAGAUGUGUCAAGAAUUCAACAGCACCUGGGCAUGGGAAAUGGAGAAAAAAGGGUACCGUGAAAUGAGCACUGAAUGCAAGCUGGGAAUACUGAAGUACCUUUGCGAAUGCCAGUUCGACGACAAUCUAAAAUUUAAGAACAUCAUUAAUGAGGAAGAUGCUGAUGCAAUGCGCCUCCAGCCGCUGGGCAGAGAUAAAGAUGGCCUGACCUACUGGUACCAGUUGGACCAAGAACAUAAUGUUCGGAUGUAUGUGGAAGAGCAGGAUGAUCAGGAUGGGUCUUCGUGGAAGUGCAUUGUCAGAAGCCGAAAUGAGCUGGCUGAAACCCUUGAACUCCUGAAAGCACAAAUUGAUCCUGCAUUACUCAAAAAACAGCAACAGGAUGGUUCGUCGCAGGAAAGCCCCAGCACUGGAGAUGAUGUUGCCAAAAACGAGGAAAUGGCAGUGACCCAAGAAAAAACAGAAAGUGAAUUAAAGGUGAAGGAAGAAAAGGAGGAGACUAAAGAGGAGCCGUCGAAGCGAUUGGAAAACCUUCCUUCUCUUACAAUCCCGGAGGAGGAAAACAGGAUAAAAUUAGAAAGAGUGGAAGAGAGAGAAAUCAUAAAACUGCCUGUUAUAGUGAAAUUAGAAAAAAGUUUGGAAAACAAUGGGGAAGCGCAGAUUACCAAAGAAGAAAAUGACUCUUUUAAGGAAAACGUGAAGCCUGUUAAAGUGGAUGUGAAGGAGAAUAAGCUAGAGCCAAAAGACUUGAAAGAUGUAAAUAGCAACGCAGAGAAAACUGUUCAUGAGCCCGAGAGGAUAGAUUUCUGUGUCAGUGUCAAAACUCCCCAGGAAGUGGUGGACAGAACAGCAGAAGAGAGUGAAAAACUGAAAAAUGAUCAACAGGCAAAAAUUCCACUGAAAAAACGGGAGAUCAAGUUGACGGAUGAUUACGACAGUCCGCUCAAAGGACCCCUACGGAAGUGUGUUACCCCAACCAAGGAUGUUUUGAAGGAAGAAGGGAAACCAGAGGAAGAGACAUUUAAGAGAGUUCCUACAAUUACUGAUGGGAAAUUCCUUGUUAACGGGGAGCUUGGUAGUGAGAAAAUAAUUCCAAAUAACAAGUUAGAACAUUCCCCCAGUCCCAAGGAAGACACCGCCAGCCUUCCUAGAGAGAAAAAUGGAGUGAGUGGGCAGAAAACAUCAGAGACUGUUAGCACAAUCAUAAGGUCCAGUGAUGUUGAGAAACACAUUUUGCAUGCAGGGAAGGAGGUGGCUGGUGUGAUCGCCGAGGUUCCUCAUCCGAAAGUGCCUUUAAAAGGAGACAUUGAUUCUAAGCAAAAGGGGAACUUGCUUGAGAAAGAGCAUUCAGAGGGGACUGUACAGACAGUGUCAAAAACAGAAGGUUGCCUCAAUAAACCCGAAGAAUCCAGUAGAAAAGAUGACAGCCUGCCAACUUCCAAGGAGUAUCUAGAUAAACCCUUUAAGGAAUCUUCCCCAAAGGGACUGCUAACUCCAACAGACGAGGAAGGCUUGGAAAAUAAAAAUCAGCCAAUAGAGAAGCUGGGUGUGCCAAGAGCAGAGGCAACUCCAUCCCCUGCUCCUGUCGUCCCCUCUGAGGAACCUUUGACGGCAAAAGCAGAGUCCGACCCUCAAAGCACACUCCCCGACAAAAUCAAAAGGCAGGAGGAACGGGUCUCUGAUACUCUGAAGGACGCUGAAGCUGAAGAGAAAGAGACACCCAAAGCAGGCAGCCUCCAAAAUUCUGUCGAGGAAACCGCAGAGACUAAGAAAGAGCCUGUGAAAAGCAAGUGUAAAUACAAGUUGGUUCCUGAAGAGGAAAGCUCUCUAACAGAGAAUCGGGAAAUCACCUCCGAAAGGCAGAAAGAGGGGAUCAAGCUGACAAUCAGAAUAUCAAGUAGAAAGAAAACGGAGCCCUCUCCAAAGCCCCCGAAUGCAGCAGGUGAGAAGGAGGAAGAGGCGGCCAACGUUGGUCGGGUUCUAAGGCGGUCGCCCCGGAUAUCUAAGCCUACUCCUAAGGUCGUCGAGACCCGGGAUCAGAAGCCUGAGAAAAAACGCGAAGAGGAGGAGAAGCCAGCAGCAGCCCAAAAGCAGGAGAAAAAAGAGGACUCGAAGAAGCAAGACAGGGAGAUGAAUUCUAAGUCAAGCAAGGCUUCACAACGAAGUAAAGUUCGGUGGGCUGGAACUCGAACUCGUGGCAGGUGGAAAUAUUCAAGCAACGAGGAAAGUGAGGCUUCAGAGAAUGAAGAAGGCUCUGAGGAGGAGGAGGAAGAGGAGGAAGAGGAAGAGGAGGAGGAGGAGGAAGAACCUGCACCUGCUGAUGAUGAUGAGCCGUGCAAGAAGUGUGGCUUGCCUAAUCAUCCAGAGCUAAUUCUCUUGUGUGACUCCUGUGACAGUGGAUACCACACAGCAUGUCUCCGGCCCCCUCUGAUGAUCAUUCCUGAUGGAGAAUGGUUUUGCCCACCUUGCCAGCACAAGUUACUUUGUGAGAAGUUAGAAGAGCAGUUGCAGGACCUGGACGUUGUCUUGAAAAAGAAAGAGCGUGCAGAGCGGAGGAAGGAACGCCUGGUCUAUGUGGGCAUCAGCAUUGAGAACAUCAUACCUCCACGAGAGCCUGAAAUACCCGAAGGCAUAGAAGAAAAGAAGAAAGAUUCCAAAAAAUCCAAGGCAAAGCUGCUUGAAAGGAGGUCAACGAGGCAACGGAAGUGUAUCAGCUAUAGAUUUGAUGAAUUUGAUGAAGCUAUUGACGAAGCCAUUGAGGAUGACAUCAAGGAGGCUGAUGGAGGAGGUGGCGGAAGAGGAAAAGACAUGUCCAACAUCACCGGGCAUCGUGGCAAGGAUAUUUCCACCAUCCUGGAGGAAGAAAGGAAGGAGAACAAGCGGCCCUCCUCCAGGGCAACGGCGGCUCGCCGCAAGAAACGCCGGCGGCUGAAUGACCUGGACAGCGACAGCAACUUGGAUGAAGAAGAAAGUGAGGAUGAGUUCAGGAUCAGUGACGGAUCUCAGGAUGAAUUUGUCGUGUCUGAUGACAACCUAGAGGAAAGUGAAGAGGACCAGCCCUCGAAUGACGACAGCGAUGCCGACUUUUCCAGGCGCCGUCGGCCCAGGCGGCACCAUCCCAGGCCCAUGAGGCAAAGCCGGCGGCUACGGAGAAAAACGGCCAAAAAAAGGUACUCAGAAGACGACGAAGACGAGGACUCUGAGGAUAACGUAAGCGCCGACUCCGAAAGUGAUGUGUCAUCAGAUUACAGUGAUGAAGAUUACCUGGAAACGAGGCGGAGAAGAUCUCGGCGGAAUCAGAAGAGGCAAGUCAACUAUAAGGAAGAUUCCGAAAGCGAGGGCUCUCAGAAGAGCUUCCGAUACGGAAAGGAGCUGAGAAGAGUUCACAAGCGCCGGCUCUCCAGUUCGGACAGCGAAGAGAGCUAUGUGGCUAAGAACUCGGACGACGACGCAUCGACCAGGCUGUCGAAGAGAUCCGUGCGAAAGCGCAGCCACAGCACAGACGAGUACUCGGAAGACGGCGACGAGGAAGGGCGGCCCAUCCGGAAGCGUCUGAAUCGGAUCGAGACGGAUGACGAAGACAACAGCGGCAGCAACGUCAACGACGAGACCAGCCGGCCGGUGCCCGCCGCCAAGCCCGCGAUCCCUCCUGUUCCCCAGGACCUCCCCAAGAAAGCCUGCUACCGGAUAGAAAGCGAUGAGGAGGAUGACUUUGAUAAUGUGGGAAAGGUAGAAAGCCCGUUGGACUACAGCCUGGUGGAUUUGCCCUCCACCAACGGGCAGAGCCCCGGGAAGACAAUCGAGAACUUGAUUGGCAAACCGGCCGAGAAGAUUCCCACCCCCAAGGACAGCACAGCCAAUGCCAGCUUGGCGCCCAACGGGACAGGUGGGGGCCAGGAGGCAGGAGGCCCCGAGGAAGACGAGGACGAACUCUUGCGAGUGACUGACCUUGUGGAUUACGUCUGUAACAGUGAACAGUUAUAAGACUUCCGUUUUUGUGCUAAUUUAUUCCACGGUAGCUCAUACCAGCGGGCCAGUUAUUAAAAGGUGUUUUAUUUUUCCUAGAAAACUCUCCACUACAGUAUCACUUUUUAGCAGUCAGAAUUUCACCAGUCCUGCAGUUUGGGAUAAUGUUUUUUUUCCCCCUCCUUUUCCCCGUCCCCCCACUCCUGAACAGACCAUGGGAUUUUCUGGAACUUUUUCCCCCCAAGAUAAUUACUGUAAAUUCCAUAUUCUCAUUAUUUUUGCUCUCUGACCACCUACCCCCAACCAACUUCAUCCAGUUCUGCAGUCCGAAGAAAAAAACUUCCAUCUACACACAGACCUUGUAGUAAAUGAGAGAUUUGUAUAUUUUUGACUUUAUAUUUCCUGAGUGCACACAAAUUUGGGGGUGGGGGGGUUAGGAGAGACGGGGUGGCUGAAGGAAAGCAUUCCAGAUCGGUCAGGGCUCAAAAUCUUAACUUGGGGGGUGGGGAAGGGGGCAGGCGUGGGAAAAGGAUAGGGGAUACAAAAGAAUUUUGUGCUCCAGCUUUUUCAUAGGAGAUAUAUAUUAUAUAUAAAUGUUCACAACUUAGAUUACGAUUUAACAUACAAUUUUAAGGAAAGCAAUUAGUAACUUUACUGUUGCAUUUUGUGACUUGUAGGUUUAAUUUACCAUAGAUCCUUUUAGUAAUCGGCUUCUCAAAAAAAAACACAACAACAACAACAGCCGUGGUAGACCCUGAGGAUCGCCACGAUGGACAAAGAGGCAGAAGUGCCACGGACGAAAAGCAAUUUUAUCACCUUUUAAUUUGCCAUUCCCCCAAUAAACAUCUUUUAAACGUG